AUGGCGCAACCCCAGAGACCUCAGGUCCAGCCGUGCCGCUACAAGACGGGCAAAACACUCGGGGCGGGCUCUUACUCGGUCGUCAAGGAGUGCGUACACAUCGACACCGGUCGAUACUAUGCGGCGAAGGUGAUCAACAAGCGCCUGAUGGCGGGGCGCGAACACAUGGUUCGAAACGAGAUCGCUGUACUGAAGCGAGUGUCCAUGGGCCACCAGAAUAUCCUCACGCUGGUGGACUACUUCGAGACCAUGAAUAACUUGUAUCUGGUUACGGACCUUGCUCUUGGCGGAGAGCUGUUCGACCGGAUCUGCCGUAAGGGCAGUUAUUACGAGUCCGAUGCGGCAGACCUCAUCCGCGCUGUCCUCUCGGCCGUGGCCUAUCUCCAUGAUCACGGCAUUGUGCACCGCGACUUGAAGCCCGAGAACUUGCUGUUCCGCACCCCGGAGGAUAACGCGGACCUUUUGAUUGCCGACUUUGGGUUAUCCCGGAUCAUGGACGAGGAGCAGUUCCACGUGUUGACGACCACAUGCGGUACACCGGGCUACAUGGCCCCGGAGAUCUUCAAGAAGAGCGGCCACGGCAAGCCAGUCGAUAUCUGGGCUAUCGGCGUGAUCACCUACUUCCUCCUGUGCGGCUAUACCCCCUUCGACCGGGACUCCAACCUGGAGGAAAUGCAGGCCAUUCUGGCCGCGGACUACUCCUUCACGCCUCUUGAGUAUUGGCGCGGUGUUUCCCAUGAAGCCCGCAACUUCAUCAACCGGUGUCUGACAAUCGACCCACAAAAGCGGAUGAUCGCCCAUGAGGCCCUGCAGCACAUCUGGGUCAACCCGCCCUAUGACCCGGCCAAGAUGGGCUCAGGGGAGGACCUGCUUCCGACGGUCAAGAAAAACUUCAACGCGCGGCGCACCCUGCACCGCGCGAUCGAUACCGUGCGCGCUAUUAACAAGCUGCGCGAGGGUGGCGGGUUCAUGAUGGAUGGGGUAAUGAGUAUUGAUCCCAAGCCAGAGCGGGUGAAUGGCAAUGAGGUUGUUGACGAAAGUCGUCACGGUACGCCGAAUCCGAGCAAUAGGGGUGGUAGCCCCAUGCAGAUUGAUAGCCGGGGAAAUGCCCGUGGGCAGACUGAGGAGCAGAUCCGGGAGCAGGAGCGGAGGGUGAAGGACAUGGUGGCUGGGUUAUGGAGCCGUGGUCAUGGGAAAUGA